AUGAGCAAGAAGGUGGUGCUGGAAGAGGAGGAGUAUGUGGACGCGCUAGGCCAGAUCAUCGAGCGCGACUUCUUCCCGGACCUGCCCAAGCUCAAGCGGCAGACAGAGCUGCUGCGAGAGGAAGAAGGAGGAGUCCCAUGGACGGACACGACGCUACGCGCUGCGAACACUCGAGGCAAUGCGUCAGUACGCAGCAGCGCAAGCGGCACGGGAUGGGACCAGCCCACUCCUCAGUCGGGAGAGUCUGCUGUUGACGCUACGCAAGAGAGUGAUGCUGCUGAAGCUGAUGCCAAGGCUUCCAUGACGCUGAACCACUUUGUGGCGACGCACACGUCUGAGGACAAUGAAUCGUUCGCGGAGCUACAAGAGAAGGCGGUGAUAGACCACCAACGACGCUACCAUUGGGCUUUCGAUGACGACAAGAAGAGAGGCGACCCGAAGCUGCACUUGCUGACGAACGGAACUUGGAUCUCAAAGGAGCAGCGACGAAUUGCAGAUGAAGCGUGCGCACCAAAAGGACCGAAGGAUGACAGACCGAGUGCUCCUGAAACGUGGAGGUUUCGUGCAAGAAAUCCUCUGCUCUUUCCACCUGAACUGGAAGCUACGCGAGAUAUUUGUCAGGUGCGCUCUGGGAACCAACUUCUGCUUGAAAAUGGUGUGAAGUCACGCUCAGGGCGUCCCCCGCGGGCCGGAAAGAAGACUGUCUACGCUAACUCCAGAUUUUCAUCCCAAGAAACAGAAGAUUACUCUUUAGUUCCAAUGACGCCAGUCAUUGCUCCGGGUGUGGAUGCGAGUCCGCUGAUGACAUGGGGAGAUAUUGAAGGAACCCCGAGAAUUUUAGGAUCACGAGCGACACCAGAACGCAUUUUGAGUACUCCUAGUUUUGAGAUGCGCGAUACUUCAAGUCGAGAGAAGCUAGCGGGUCGGCUGGAAUCGGAAGCUCGCCGUCGUAGCUCGAGCUCCCGGAUGUCCGGUAUCAAGACGCCCUCACGAAAGAGGCCGAAAAACGACCAAACCCCGGUAUGUCAGAGCAUUCGUGCCAGAAUGCCUAGUGUUCGAUCGGUACUACGUACUCCCGUAGGCUCAGACGCGCAGUUGCGAGCCAGCUAUUCUACGCCUCUACGACCACCGCGCCAUUCGAAGUCCAGGUCCAAGACAAGGAAGACG